GAGGCCGGAAGUACUGCUGCAGAGUAAUAUCACGGCUGGAGCUAAGGAUGGUGGUGAAAGUGUAUUACACGUCGGUAACCGGAUCCCGGGAGAUAAAGUCUAAACAAAGUGAAAUCACUCGUAUCCUGGAUAGCAAAUGCAUUAAAUAUGAGACAGUGGAUAUCUCUGCGGAUAACAAUAUCAGAACAGAAAUGAGGCAGAUGUGUGGGAACCCCAAUGCAUUUCCACCUCAAAUCUUCAACGAUGACCAAUAUUGUGGGGACUAUGAGCAGUUUGCAGCUGCUGUUGAAGAUGAGAUAUUGAGCCAGUUUCUUAAGCUUAAAGCUUAGAUUCUGUGAUGCUGAACCUUUUUUGUUACAUCAAUGCAUUUGAGCCCACACCCUGCUUAUUUUCACCCACAAAGGAGUAAACUAGAAACAGGGAUUAUUCAUUCCAUCUUUUCCUAUACAUUCCAAAAUUUCACUUUCUUGCACCUCAUUCAUUCCUGGGAUACUGGAAGAGGCCCUGAACUCUUUUUCUGUGUUUUUUUCAGAACCACCCCCCCCCCUGCUGGCAGAUAAGGGAUCUAAAAAAAAAAAACUUUCCUUUUUAUGACUUCUAAACUCAUUCCAUGCUUUUCCUGCCAAAGAGGAAGUGAGAAUGUCUUCCAGUAGAUCAGUAAACCUGUUGUUCACAUUGUUUUCAUUUAAAAAUAAAACACUUAUCUGUUCCUAA